AAGGCAGCUCUAUAAUUUCGCUUGCCGACAAAGUUGCACAUUAUUUGUUAAUGGUAGCGAAAUUAGCAAUCGCAUGCAGGUUUAAUAUAACUCAACCAUCUGACAGACAUUUUUUAAUUAACUGUUUUCGAGGUAGACUUAAACAACACAUAUUAAGAUCGUAAAACUCAGGAUCCAACGAUGAAUGAACUUGUGGAUUUAUAGUAUGACAUAGAAUAAUUAAAUUAUUCAGUCUUAAUUGAGCUCUUCACUUAUUAAAUAAAAUUCAGUUUACAAAAUGAUGUGUUCAGCAAAAACACUUCUUUCAAGACAUUUACAUUCAAAGAAAUGCAGGGCACUUCACACUUCGAUGCUUCACCAAGUUGAUAUUUCUCUAACUAGUACAGAUGUAGAAAAAGUACAAGCUACAUCACCGUCAUUAGGACGAGCACUGUAUCUUGAUGCUCAAGCUACAACACCAAUAGAUCCUAGAGUUCUAGAUAAAAUGAUGCCUUACUUAAUUUCGUACCAAGGAAAUCCUCACUCUAGAACACACAUGUAUGGUUGGGAAACAGAGGCUGCUGUAGAACAUGCUCGACAACAGAUUGCUGACCUGAUAGGAGCUAAUCCAAAAGAAAUUAUUUUCACCUCUGGAGCAACAGAGUGUAAUAACAUAGCAAUAAAGGGGGUUGCUAAAUUUUACAAAGAAAAAAAGAAUCAUAUAAUUACAACUCAAACAGAGCAUAAAUGUGUUCUAGAUUCUUGUAGAUAUUUACAAAGCGAAGGUUUCAAAGUUACUUAUCUACCAGUGAUGCCCAAUGGCCUUAUUAAUCUAGCAGAUUUAGAAGCUACGAUAAGACCUGAAACUACCUUAGUUUCUGUAAUGACAGUGAACAAUGAAAUUGGAGUGAGACAACCCAUUAAUGAAAUAGGUGCUAUCUGCAGAAAGAAAAAAGUUUUUUUCCAUACUGAUGCUGCCCAAGCUGUUGGCAAAAUACCUAUAGAUGUUAAUAAAAUGAAUAUAGAUCUUAUGUCAAUAAGUGGACACAAAAUAUAUGGUCCUAAAGGGAUUGGAGCAUUGUAUGUUAGGAGAAGGCCUAGAGUUCGUUUGGAGCCAGUGCAGAGUGGAGGUGGACAGGAAAGAGGAAUGAGAAGUGGAACAGUUCCUGCUCCAUUAGCUGUUGGAAUUGGAGCAGCUUGCGAGCUUGCAAACAGUGAAAUGGAGUACGAUCACGAAUAUAUCACAAAACUUAGCAACCGUUUAAUAAAUGGCAUUAUGUCUCAACUAACGCACGUUAUUCGAAACGGAGAUCCAGUUUCCUGGUAUCCAGGAUGUGCAAAUUUGUCAUUUGCAUAUGUCGAGGGAGAAUCAUUACUCAUGGCUUUAAAAGAUAUUGCUCUAAGCAGUGGGUCGGCAUGCACAAGUGCAAGUUUAGAGCCAAGUUACGUGUUGAGAGCGAUCGGUGCGUCAGAAGAUUUAGCUCAUUCGAGUAUAAGAUUCGGCAUCGGACGAUUCACGACAGUUGAAGAAAUUGAUUAUACAAUCGAGAACACCGUCAAACACGUGAUACGAUUACGGGAAAUGAGUCCUUUGUGGGAAAUGGUGUGCGAUGGUAUCGACUUGAAGACUAUCAAAUGGACACAACAUUAAAUAAGGUCGAGACAACAAUGAUGAUUUCGGAGCUAACGAAGACUGUUUAGUUCCUGUUACUCGAGUUCGACAAUGCAGUUCUCAGUUUGGCAGGUGUAUAUAAUUUAUCUUUAUGUUCCCGAUUAUUUGUAUGAGCUUGUCGUUUGAGUAAGUUCUCAUUAACUUUUUCUUUUUCAAGUGAAAUAGAUACACGCAUUUACAUUUGAUGUAAUAUAAAUUGUUAUACUUUUAUCAAUUUUAAAUUUAUGAAUGCAAUAAAUUGCACGUCAU